CGAGGUCCUGCAGACGACGGCGUCGUGGGCGGCCACUGUUUUAGGUCUGGAACUGGAACAUCAAGCGAGAGUCACUUGCCGCCAGGCCCGGGUUCUUCCCGCUCGGGUUGGGCACAGAGCGCCGCGUGCGGUCGGAGAGCCCGGAAGCGCAGGCCGCUCCGUCCCCGUUUCCGGCAGCGCCUCGCUGCUCCUGGAGCCGCGGUGGUAGCGUACGCAGUUUCCAUGGGGACUGAAGAUGGCGCCGCGAGGUGAGAUUCUGGAGCGUUAGGGACUUGGCGCCUCCCUGGUCCAAAGCGGGCUUCCGCGGCCCCGCCCAGCCUGGGUGCCUGAAGGUCUCCGGGUGCGGGGCUCAGAUAGCUACACAUCCUCGGCUGGGCCUCUUCUAGGCUGGCUCAGGGAAACGGUUGUCCUCCACCCCCCUGGAAAUCCUAUUCUUUCUGAACGGGUGGUAUAAUACUACCUAUUUCCUGCUGGAACUUUUCAUGUUUCUGUAUAAAGGUCUCCUGCUACCAUAUCCAAAAGCUAACCUAGCACUGGAUGUGGUGAUGCUCCUCCUUUACCUUGGAAUUGAAGUAAUUCGCCUGUUUUUUGGUACAAAGGGAAACCUCUGCCAACGAAAGAUGCCACUCAGUAUUAGCGUAGCCUUGACCUUCCCAUCUGCCAUGAUGGCCUCCUAUUACCUGCUGCUGCAGACCUACGUACUCCGCCUGGAAGCCAUCAUGAACGGCAUCUUGCUCUUCUUCUGUGGCUCAGAGCUGUUGCUUGAGGUGCUCACCUUGGCUGCUUUCUCCAGUAUGGACAGGAUUUGAAGUACAAGAUUUCAGCCAGCAGCCCAUCAGGCUGAUACCACACAUAUUGCUUCUGGUACUUUAGCCACACCGGUGAGAAUUGGAGGGGAAAGUUGUCCUGAGAAAGGCUGUGUGGCUUUUCUUCAGCACAGACAUUUGGGCAAGCAACGUGGCAUAAGGCCAGUGGGUACCAUCUUCUAAACCAGGAUCAUCAGUCCAAGAGACUCUUCUACACUCCAGUAUAGGGAGGGGCAAGGUUAUUCCCAUCCUGGCCCUUCUCAGAACCAGUUCCCUGCUGACCUCAAGUUCUCCUCUUUGAUCACCGUGGCCAGAACAUCUCGUGUGGACCAUCGAGGCUCCUUGGGCUUCAAGCAGGACCUGAGCCACAUGCUCCCUCCCACACGAGCAUAGAGAGCCUCAGGUUGGUAGGCUUCCAGAGCAAUGCAAAAGCCUCUUACCCUAAUCCUCAGAGACUGAGCUCUAGAACUUUUUUAGUAGCUCAUAGUGUUAUUUUUCUACUCUCAUCAUGAUACAAACUUUAUUUUAUAAUAAAUACAUAUUUUCUGUA